AUGCACUCUCACUACCCGCUCGUCAACGGAUACCCUCCAUUCCCCGGCCACGCCACCUCGGAUCCCAGGCAUUCCCACCCCGUCCAGUACCCGUUAGCAGUGGGAGGGGCAAGCAACAAACGACUUGCACCCGCACAACCUCACCCAUCGGAGCCGCCUGCCAAGAAGAAGCAAUCGAAAUGGACGGCCGGGGAAGACGCCGAGAUUAUUCGCCUCCGACUCGAGGGGAAUAAGUGGGAAGACAUCUCCCAUCAACUGCCCGGUCGAAGCGCGAUUAGUUGUCGUCUGCGAUUCCAGAACUACCUCGAACGACGAUCGGAAUGGGACGAGGAGAAGAAGAACAAGUUGGCGCGGCUGUAUGAAAGAUUCAAAAAAGACAUGUGGGAGAAGAUUGCAAAGGAGAUGCAAAUCCCGUGGCGCGCAGCGGAAGCCAUGCACUGGCAAAUCGGCGACAUCGAAAUGGCGCAGCGCGCCAACGUGCCCGUCUUC